UUCUCUUUCUCCCUCUCCCUCUACGUGUUCCCUCCCCUGUCCUAGCCAUCUACGAUUGUGCAGGGGCAUACGCUCCGCUUACUCUCUUUGACAAGGGGGAACCCAGACACAGCAAGCAAUAGAUGUGCGCCCCCCAAAAGAGAAAAGGGAAAGAAAAAAAGGAGGGAUCCCUCCCACAUUACGGCAGAAGAAAGGGAAGGGAGAAUGUCGCAGGGAACUGGAACAACUGGCAUUGAAUCACUACUGUUACAGCAUCAGGACCAGAGUGGGGGAGAUGAGGCCUGAUCAGGUUGCCUGCUCCUAUCUACAGGAGGGGGUGAGCAGCAGAUGCAGAAUAGAAAAAAGCAUUCACCAUUAUAAGACAGCACAAUGAGGGGUUAAGGAAGAAGAAAGAAUAACAUGAAAAAAGGGAAACACAAUUAAUACUGUGGGAGGAAAGUGGGUGGUUGGGGGUUCGUAGGACAAUUAGGGUUGAUAGAGGGAUUGUAGUAAUGCCUAUAGCAAAAGAUGUUAGGAAUAUACAAUUCUGUAUAUUGUUCAUGUGAGAGACAGCGAGAAGGCAGAAAUACAGUACAGUGAUGGGGGAAGGGAAAACAGAAUGGAAAUUAAGGUAGCGUAAAAACACAUUAGGAAAAGGAACAUGGAAAAUAAGAGAUUUAAACAGCAGCAAAAAUAUAGAUUUGACGAAAAAGGAGCAGAGAAGGGGACAAGAUAAACAGAGGGUGGAGAAAAGAGCAAGGCUUUAGAUGAAGAAAGGAAAAUGAUGGAGGAUGUUAGAGGAAUAUGGGGAGGAUAUAGCAAGACACUGAUAUUUUGUCCUAAAUAGAUUGGAGAAAUUGCUCUUUACUCAUUUUAUGCUUCUUACACCAUCUGUACUUCCCUUUAUGUCGACUGAUUGUGGAUGCAAAGAGGACAUUUGUGCAUUUGGUUGCCUGGUGAAGACAAUCUGAACAGAGACCGCUGGCCAUCUGAUACACUGCAGUUACUGGGAAUGUUAUCUUAACCUCAAAGCAGGAGAAAAUCAGAGAGCAGACUUCUCCAUCUUAUGAAAUCCAAGAACAGACGGACUACUUACCCUUCUAGCAAGGAGUGCCAGUCCCUCUUUCGGAUGUAAAACCGUCUUUCCUCCCCUGAUGCCCUAUUUUCAAAUAGAUUUUAAUCAAUAUUUAUUUCAAGACCAAGACCAUCUGCUUUACUGCCCCACACAGACAUUGGGCAAAUUUACUAGCCCCUUUCAGUUUAUCCCACAUCCCAUGCUCCUGUUCCUUUUACUGUAGUAAUCACCUUCUCCGAAAACUCAUAUAGAACACCUUUGUGAACUGAGAAAAUUUGAAAGCCCUCCCCCAAAGGGGGCUAAGAAACAUUGUGAGGGUGUUUUAUAGUGUGAAGGGAGGGGGUGCAGGGGAAGAGGGGUUGCAGGCGUUAAGAUGCAGAGCUCCCCCCAGAGGAGAGAGGCUGCAGAGGAGGCUGGAGGCCUCUCUCUGAAUCAUGUGCUCUCGGGGGGUGGGGAGGACUACGGAGCAAGGGGGGCGCUGUGGCAGAGCUGGGGAGAGAGAGAGAAUCCGAAGCAGAGUUCGGGCCGUCAUCGGACAACUGGAAGGCAUCUUACGAGAUCUCAAGGAAGUGGCCAAAGAGUUAAGAGAGGUGGUGGAGCAAAUAGACAGACUCACUUCGGACUUUGAGUUUGAGUUGGACACAGACGAUUGGACCCCAGGAACUGUUAGCAGCACAUCCAGCAGUGAGAAAGGAGGUCCUCUCUGUGAUCUGGGACCCUUGGACUUCCUUAGCUCAGACAGUUGGGAAUUCUGUUCUUUCCUCGAAGCCUCCACCCCAUCUGAUUCUGGAGAUGGAUCAGAUCGCCCCUCUGACUUUAGAUUACUUAAUGGUGGGGCCACUCCCAAUGGACCAGACUCCUCUAGUGAAGAAACUCCCAUCCCACCACAAAAACCUCCAACAAGGACCCCUGGAUCUAGGGACAGGGUUAGGUUUAGUGACAAGGUUCUAUACCAUGCACUCUGCUGUGAUGACAGUGAAGACCCUCCCUUUACACAGGACACUUUGCGGGAUACCCCUAGACCUGCAGCCCCCAGUACUGUUUUAAAGAACAAACAAGGAGGGCUGGCUGGAGUCAAGAAGGGGACCAGAAACUGCAGUACCCAAACUGUGUGUGACAAAAGCACCCAAACUGUGCUACCAUAUGUGCCGAAAAAAGGAAAAGAUAAGCGCUAAGUGACGAGCAAGAAUAUAGUGGACUUUAGUAUAGUAAAGGAAACAAAACAGAUUGGUGUAGAUUUAAAAGUAAAUGGUACAAGGUAUGGAAGUAAGUCUGGACUGUAACAGAGAUAUGAAAAACAUUUUGUAUUAGAAGUUAGAGUGAGAGGGCUGAGUGUAACAUAAUAAACAGUACAGGGGAUGAGGUGUGUAGCAUGGGCUAUAUUCAAGCUCUUACCAAUUAUGUAUUAUGGGCAAUAUAUGGUGCACUUUUUAAUCUUUCAUAUAAACUGGGGGGGGGGGCAGGAGAGACUCAUACCCCACGCUAUAACCUCACAUCCCCUGCAGUGACCUCACAUCUUUCUGUUCCUUGUACCAGCAAAAUGUUCACGUCACAUCUAUAAUAUUAAAGAGUAAACUAAA